AUGCGAAGGUUCGUCACGCGCCACCCCCUACUUUGCCGCUGGCGGGUGCAGCGUCGGUGCGUCGUGGACAAGCAGCUCUUCUUUGAGCUCUACGGGAGAAACCCCGACGCUGGCGAUGUUGGCGAUUCACAACCGUUGGGACCCCCGCUUUCUUCUUCGACGCGUGGCGUUGCCUUGCCAGCAGACACGCCGGCAAAAUGGGUCUCUGCACUGAAUGAAUUCUCUGCCCAACUGUAUGCAAAACCGAAUGAGACCGUCCACCCUUCCGUGGUGUGCAAGGCGUUGGAGGCCCUGGAGGCAUCUGCAUCCCUGCCACAUGACAGACGCUCACGACGUUGUCGGGAUAGAUGGGAGUCUGCGCUUCGUGUUUGGAAACACGCGGAUCACAGCGAUCACCGUGGCGCUGCUCUUGUAGCAGCUGUGCUAUACUACAGCGGCGGAUACGAUAGUGUGAUACAUAUGGUGGAGGAGCGCUGGGUAGCCGCAUCGACGCGUUCCAUUAAUACGAAUGAUUUGCCACACGUCCUUAAGUUGAUGGAUAUUUAUGUGCUUGCCGCCUCUUUUGGGGGGAGGCGCGUUCCGAGGUCUAUGAUUGGAACUAUGCAGGAGCUGGCCGAGAAUGCGCUGCGUAAGAUGCGGGAUGGAAAAAUGACCGAGGUUGCACGGGAGUACAAGGUGUUCCUUUGGGCACUGGAUUGGUACUGGAGUCGCACGGACGAUGCUCGAGAGCGACAUUUUGUCUCCUCCACGUUUAUUCCCUUAACGUCGAAAAAAAUGCGGCCCCACAUGUUUACCACGGAGCCCCUGAGUUUGGAUGCCGUGAGAGGGCGAUGGCCUCCCGCCAUGCUCCUUCGUGCUGGGAUGCAGUAUGCGACGAAUGGCGCGAAGGAAAACUUGCUGGCGCUUUUCACGGAGUGCAAGCAACGUGAGUUGUCCCACGAUGGAUUUCGAUUAUUUCAGCUCUCUAUACGGUUAGCAGACAUGAUCUCUCUGACGCCACUCGUAAAUGCACGUGCUUUGUCAGAGGUGGUUGGGUUCUGUGGGACCGCCUUAAGCCUUGAUUCACUCAAGAGAAUUGGUUCAACUCCGCACUGCCGCAGUGCCGUGCUUCAGGUGCUGGGUCGCAUGGAAGGACCAGAGGCCUACUUUGCCGCUCGACAUGUUCUUUUUCACCAGAGUGCCGCGACAGUAUCGGCCUUUCAAGAGGUAAAUGGAGAUAUUUUUUCUGGGAAUACACGACUUGUCUGGCAAGCCGCAUUGCAGUCGAUGAAGGACGCCAUUGCGCAGGGAGAUAUGACGUGGCGUGAGUCCUUGCCGACAGUGCUACGUUUGUUGAGUGAUGCCGGUAGGACGUCGGAUUUCUUUCAGCUACUGAAGGAAGGCUAUAUCGAGGGCGAAGGGUCAUCUCUGAUGACGGCUUCAGCCCUGGGACAGGCCGCACUUCGCUCCGGACAAUGGUGGCGUGCAUCGGAUGUGCUUGAUAUGAUUGCCUCCUGCGAUCCUCCACGAGCGCGAGCUGAGGAUUUGUUUCUUGAAGAUGCCUGCUUGCAAACCUUGUAUGCCUUGAGAGACGCCAAGCGUUGGAAGGACGCGCUUGUCUUCUACACAUCACUUGCUCCAGUAAUGCCGAAGGCGGCACAUGGAGUGCUUUGUUCGGUGGUCUGUGGUAUGCCCGCGUCAUCACCCUGGAAGGAGGCAUUGGCAACUGUGCAAAGCUUUGGGAAGGUUCCUGAAAAGUUUUCGACAACGCUACUCUGUGCGAGAGAUCCAGCACAGGUCAGUGCUUCAAAGCCCACGGCUCCGAAUUCUUGGCGCUACAUGCUUCAAGGCUAUGCCGAGGGUGGGCACUGGCGACACGCACUGGAAUGCAUUGCGGGCCGCCAAGAGGUGACGCUGGACACAUGGAUUUCGGUUCUUCGCUCAGCGCAACGCUCCCCACUUGGUGAUUUGUCGCGUGAUUUUUUUGAACGCCUUCCCCAGUCUGUUUGGAGACAUAGGGCUUUGCUAAGGCUAGCCGUUCUGAUUGCGGAGGGGCAUGGCUAUUUAAGUGAGUUACGGAAUGCUCUGGAGAGGCACAAGGGGAACACGCUGGUUGCGGAGUACGAUGCGUUGGUGUGCUUCUUACUGCGCGGCUGCGCCCCCCCGGCGACGUUGGCCUUUACAGAUGAAUAUGUUAUCCACCGACUCUUAAUGUCUCCUGCGCCUUCUCGGGAGUCGAUAUGUGUCGCUGUUGCGUGGACAAGUAGCGCUCGAGAGGUGUUUCAGCGCAUAUACCGGGGAAAUAUGAAGGCCUUUGUUGAGGGACAUUACAAGGUUCAUGCUUCGUGUAUCCCUAAGAAGUGCCGCGGGACUCGACAAGGUGCCUUCAUGCUGCGCGUCAUCCCACCUCAUGCGAGGUUGACCGGUAACGAUACACUUGUCUCAGUUUUGGGGAAUGCGGUGGUGGCGUAUAAACCGCCUGGGGUAGAGACGCACAGCUACGCCCGUUUAUUGGCCCAGCGGAUUCAGGUGGGGGUGAUGCAUUACCCCGCAUAUCUACUGAACUCGACUUCUUGCGGUCUGAUCCUGCUCUUGAAGUCGACGAUUCCUACGAAAGCUGUCCACCUGCAAAUGACGCUGUUUGCCCGAGUGUUUCCGAUGACAUCGAUGUCGCUACCUCUUUUAUCUACCGAGUUUUACGCGGCCUACGCGAUGCGCGUGGUCUCUGGGCCCUUCUCGGAUGGUGGCGUUGUCAUCAAGGCCACGUGUUACUCGGACCCGGAUGGGCUUCUCGCGGGAUCCUUUUACCGCCUGAAGGCGAGCCUGGCCGGCGAGGGCUGGGGAAUGUCGUUGCAAGAGAAUUGUGCUCGUGGAAGUGGCGACAAGGACGAAUUUGUAUGUCUCACGGAGCUUGCUCUGUCUAUUCGCCACGCGGAUUCAGCUGCGGAGCCAAUGCACUUCACUGCCCCGGUUCCUCCUUCGUGUAUGUCGCAGCUCUCAUCGGAGGAGGAUCAUCUUUCCAGCAAGCUUCAUUGA